ACCAAGAUUUCUGGAAAUGAUUAUCUAUCUAUAUAUAAAUAUCUGUGUUUAUAUCAACUUCUAAUGAGGUGGCCAUGUUAAGUGAGCAUUCCCUCACUUCACAUGGUCUUGGAAGACAGACACUUGUGACCACAUUAUUCCUUAAUAGAAAUAAAAAAUACAAAUACUGGUAUUUGUAUGGUAAAAUUAAAAAAAGCCAGCAACACAUUACAUUAUUAUUUUUUUUUUACCUGAUCUACAUCUUCUCCCCCCAAACCUAAUCAGCAUGUCUUUAUAUGUCGUGCAAUAACAUACCUCGGCCGGAACUUAAGUUCCAUCAGAUCAUUUUGGAGAUAUCAUUAGUGCAAGAAAAAACAAGAUGGCAACCAUUUUGAAUAUGGUAAUGGGCUCUCAAAUUCCUCAAGGGUGUAUAUUUUACCUGUCUUGUUUAAAAUUAAUUUUUUGCUUUCACAGAAGUAUCAGUGGUUCUUAUAAGCACUGUACCAAAAUCUUGGAUGUUCCCAACUUAUUUUGUUAGAGAACAAGGUACCUCACCCCCCUCCAAUGCAACCGAAAAUAUCAAACAUUUGGUUAUCAGAACAAAUUGCCUGUUGCCAAGGAACAGUGUCUGCUGUAUCCAAUGUGUUACGUGAUUGGGAAUUUAUUUUUGUAUAUUACAGUGGAACAAAGAUGGUAAGUACUGGAGCAAAUAAGACUUUCAUUUUUCACUUACGUUACCACCUUUAUCAUUUACCAUAAUGUACAGAAACAAAAUACAUUUACAUAAUUUUGGUUAUGUAACCCUGUAUACCAUUUCAUGUGGGGGAUCCUGUAUGAUCUUAAUCGUGUUACUUAAUUACGGGACUGUAGAAUUGUAUAACCUCCAAGCCUUUUUGACAAGAAACAUCAAAAUGUCACCAGUCUCCUUUAUGUACUUUUUUCUGAUGGAUACAUUGAAUAUAUUGGAAACUGAUUAUUCCCGAGGUAAAGGGGUUAAGUGGAAACCCUAAUACCAAAAGUAUUCACUUGUGGCAAGGUGAAGUAAUUUAAUUCCUUUCUUUUGAUUCCUCAUUUUAAUGGCCGCUCGAUCGGCAGCAACAUUAUUUCCACCGUUGGAAUCGCUGUGGGGUUCUGGGUUGCUGGUGCUCUGCUGCAGAUAAAACCCCAGGCCAAAGCAUUUGCACACCACAUGCUCUGCUGAACAAUCUCCAGGGAAACCAGUAAAAUACCAAAGUGAUGCACCAUAUCUUGGGAAAUUCAUCAGCUGACCCUUUGUUUACAAAGGUGUCCUGUGACCUAGGGGACACUAGAAUGGCUGCACUAGGUACCUGGCCGUUCUCCAUUCCAGCAGUUGAGAAAAUGAAAUCCCUCAUCUUGAAAGGACAGCACUCCACAGACUGCAUUGAAGAGGCCAUCACAGUUCACCUUGUUUUUUCAGGUAUUGAAAAUGACAGAGAGACAGGUCAUUAUAUUGUUGGCAGAGGAGGUUACCCCAACAGAGAUGGACUGGUCCAGUGUGAUGCUGCUGUCAUGGAAGGGACCCCAGGCCGCUUUGGAGCUGUGGCAGCCCUGCAUGGCGUGGGGACCCCCAUGGCAGUGGCUCGCCGUGUCAUGGAGCGGAGCACUCACAGCAUGCUGGUGGGAGAGGGCGCAGUGACCUUUGCCAAGGAGCAAGGCUUCACUCUGGAGGACAAUGAGAGCAUGAUGUCUCCAGAGAGUUCCAAGGCUUAUCAGGAGUUCGUAGAAAAAAAUGAAAGAUGCAGAGGACAUGACACAUUAGGUCUGAUUGCUUUGGAUCUUCAAGGAAAUAUAACUGUAGGUGUCUCUACCUCAGGUGCUCCAUUUAAAUCCCCUGGGAGGGUAGGCGACUCUCCACUGCCUGGCUGCGGCCUUUACGCUGAUAACACGGUGGGAGCAGCUGCAGCAACAGGUGAUGGAGAUAAGAUCAUGUGUUUUUGCCCUAGCUUUCAUGUUGUUCAGCUGAUGAAGCAGGGGUUAUCUCCUGCUAGUGCUUGCCAGACGGUUGUCAGUGAUAUUCAGAGAAGGAUUGGAAUGGGUGUCAUGUUUCAAUUUGGGCUGAUGGCAAUGAAUAUGAAGGGUGAUGUUGGAGCUGCAUCCUCAGUAGAGUUCCCAUAUGCAUUCUGGCGUCAAGGAAGCAACACCGUUGAACAAAAUAUUCAGUUGCCACUUCAAGAAUAAACCAGCACUUCAUAUCUUUAAGGAUCAUGAAAAUCAGGUGGAAAAUGCCUUCCUCUUGCACAUCUGUGCUGUGCUACAAAACCAAAUAAUGUUUUUUUAAUGGUUAAAAGGAGAAAGGGAGUGUGACAUGACAAUUAAAGCUAGUACUUGAUAUGUAUUCCUUUUUUAAAAUCGAGAAAUCACUGUGUUGUUUGUUGUGUUUAAAAUUGAUAGGUUCUUGCUCUGACUAGGGACAGAACUAUUCUGCCAUGACACCUGAAUCUUCAGUUCUAUGCCCAGCAUUUAUGCCACUUACUUGCAAGACUUUAACAAUUGAAGAUGAUUUGCACUGUUGGUUUCAAUAUUUAUUUGUAUUUGUUGUGUAGUAUGUAGUGUGCAAAUUCCUGAGAUGGCAGUAAUAUUUACCAUGAAGCUGAUUCAUAUUAAAAUGAUUUUUAUUAGUUGUGAAGUAUCUGUAGCACUCUUCCUGUUACCUGGGAGUUACCCAGAGAAUUAAGAGGCCUCUGCUAUUUACUAAAUUAAUUAAUGAUCUGAUAAAAAAUAAUAAUAAUAAAAACACUGCAAAGUACAAUACAAAUAUAUACCUGUUUCAUACUGAGGGACAGCUUAUGAUUUACACUAGUUUACUCGUUUGUUUUUUUUUAAGAAAAAAAUAACUUAUUGGGAUCUGUAUUAAAUCAAAAUGAUCUUCAGUAAUCCUGAUCAGUAAUACUUAUACAGGUACUUACAUCAUAAAACACAUACUGUAUGUUAAAAUGUAAUUGGUUACACCGUCUGCUGGGUCUAUUUGUUGAACUUGAAGGAAAAAUGUAAAUGUUAGGUAAAUUCAAGUAAUGCCCUUGUGCAGUUAAUAUACUUUUUUUAAAGUCU